AUGGUACUGGAGCAGGGACUUAGGCUGUGCAAUGGAGAGGCUAUACACAAGAGAGCUGCAUUAAGGGAUCCAGUGUGUAAAGGAUGUGGAGAAGAGCCUGAGACAAUUGAGCACACCUUACUGCAAUGCCCUCUAGCACAGAAGAUUUGGAAAGUAGCUCCAUUAAUAUGGGAUGGAGCUAAAGACCAGACAGGGAACUUUCAAAGAUGGUGGAGUACAAUUACUGAGGCUAGGAAAAGGCAAGAAGGGAGAAGCCACAUGGGACUUACGGCUAAUAUACUGUGGCAGAUAUGGAAGGACAGAAAUAAGAGGGAGUUUGAGCAUCAUACUGGCAGCCAUCCGUGUAGUGUUAUUCAAAAAGCACACAAGGAGUGGCUAGAACUAGAGGAUCUAGAGCCUAUGAAGAACUCUAGGAGUACAACAGAAACACUGACGACUUUGGAAGAGGACUGUCAUGCACAACAAAGUCAAGACCUCAUCAUUCUGAAGAUGGCAACCAGAAGAUCACAAAAACAUGCAGUGCUGGGAAUUGGAGUUGACAUUUCUAAGAUGCAAACGGAGGCAAAGGAGUUGUAG